AUGUCGGGCUCACGACAGCAGCCUGGACUGGCUUGCGAGGAAUGCCGCAAAAAGAAACUUCGAUGCGAUAGACGACGACCUCAAUGUGACCAAUGCGAAGACUCUGGUACAGCGUGCCUUGUGAAUCAAGUUCGUUCACCACGAGGUCCGAAGAAGGGCCAUCUCAAGGCAUUGCGCAAUCGGAUUGCCACACUGGAAAGUAUUAUAAAUUGUGACCAGGGCAACCUCGGUCCCAAGGAGGUAUUGGACGGUAGUGAGAAAUAUCACUCCGACGAUACCGUUCAAAUUCUUAGCCCACCCCAAGAGUAUAUCCCCAAUCCCACAAACGCGGAAUGUCAUGACAUUGCCUACUCCAUUGAGGCAUCAACAAUAAACUCACCUAUUACCACCACCCCAAGGACCCCACCUGAUCAAGAGAAGUCAGAUAUAAUCGAGGCAGAUUUAGUACACCCUGUCGCGCCGAUGCUCCACCAAGGCCGGUACUUCUCCUGGUCACAGAGAUUCAACAAACCAGCUUCCCAUAUCUGCUUGCAAUUUGCAAUGUGGGCACUGGCUGCAGCCUCAUCUGCCCAUUUACAGCACAUGAGAGAGUCUCUCUACACCCGCGCACGGUCGGGGAUUGAGUCUCUCGACCAGGAUAUUGAACCGAACAGUGCAUCCUGCCUUCAAACAGCCCAAGCAUGGCUACUUCUAACUCACUACGAGUUCCGCUACUUAAGUUAUCGCCGAGCAUGGCUUACCGCAGGACGCGCCUUUCGCAUUAUUCAAAUGGCAAAACUAUACGAGAUCGAUCGCCUCAACGACGUUACCGUAAACAUGGCUCACCCUGAAGCAUGGGCGGAGGCCGAGGAAAAACGACGAACCUACUGGCUAGCAUAUUGUCUAGACCGGUUCCUCAAUAUCUCUGACGAGUGGCCUCUAAGUCUACAUGAGGAAGCACUCUGCAUAUAUCUCCCCGUCUCAGAACCAGACUUCCAACACAGCAGACCAGUCCUUAUGGACUCCUUAUAUGACGAGAUCGAGACAUCCGGACAGAAAAUGCUACCGCCUUUCGCGGAGACAAUUGUCCUAAUCACGCUAUGCUGGCACAGCGUUGCAUUCCAGCGAUCCGCGGAUAAAACACCUCCGAGCGACGACGAUACCUGGAAACGCCAUACACGGCUAUACCAAAUGGUACAACAGCGUCUGAUGCUGAUCUCGCUACCGCCAUCGGCGCCGGAACUCCACGACCCCAUGCGCCUAUUCACGAACAUGCUCGCCAACGCCGCCGUGAUCUGGUUCUACAACAUCAUGGAGACUUUGCAGGUGGAAAUUGACGAGGAUAUUAUCCUUGUUCCUCUGUACUCCGCGUACGAGAUAGUAGGUUUAGCGAAGCCGCUCACCCGAUCGAGCUUUUUCAAGGCGCAUGCGUUUUCGCCCAUGCUACUCUAUCUCUCGGCAAAGUUUCUCAAGGCACAUGCUGAUCAGCUGAGCUGUGUUCCGGCGUCGGAGGAUAAACAGCAGAAGUUGGAGGAAUUGAAAAAGGCUUUGCGGGUUUUGCAGGGGGCGGACAUUAACAGUCCUUCCUUCGACAAUGGUCAUGACCUUGACAUGUUACUGCUUUGCACGUAA